AUGCAACUUCGUGUGUUUGAGAUCGAAGACCGAACAAGGGUGCAUGCCAAAUUCCGCUAUCCUUUCUAUUAUGAAAUGUGUUGGUAUGUCCUGGAGAGAUAUGUUUGCACUUUAACCAACCGCUGUUACCUUAACAAGGAGUAUCAGAAGGAAUCCAUGCUAUUUGAUUCAACAGGAAGGCCCAGUAUAGACAGCUUGUCCUCAGAUUCUUGGUUAGAAAUGGAAGAAGAAUCUUGUGAUGCUCAUACGCUGGAUGAGAAAGAUGACCAUGGAGAAAAGACUUCCAAGCUAUCAGGCGAUGAAUCCUUGACACCUAAUAGUACACAGUCGGAUGGAAAAGAGUCAGCAGAAAAGAAACAAAAGGCAACAUUAAUGCACUAUUUAAAAAGGACCCUAUCUAAUGACUCUGAUGAAAGCUCCAGGUCUGUUGUGCACAGUGAAUUCCCAAAAACCCCAUCAGAAUCUCCUUCUACAGAGGUAACCUCCAGAUGGACACACCUCACAGAGUUUGAACUGAAGGGCUUGAAAGCCCUUGUGGAGAAACUAGAGUCUCUUCCUGAAAAUAAGAAAUGUGUUCCAGAUGGAAUAGAAAAUCCACAUGCGCUUCUGGAAGAUAUGAAGACUGUACUCAAGGAACACGCAGAUGAUGAUCAGAAUCUGGCCAUUUCUGGAGUACCUGUCGUGUCUUGGCCUAAGAAACCUGCCAAGAACCGAGCAGUAGGAAGACCAAAAGGGAAACUUGCCACCUCUCCUGCAGUUAAAUUAUCUACUAACAGGACCAGCGCUGGUGCCCGCCGGAGGCGGACGCGGUGCCGCAAGUGUGAAGCAUGUUUACGAACAGAGUGUGGAGAAUGUCACUUUUGCAAAGACAUGAAGAAGUUUGGAGGACCAGGAAGGAUGAAACAGUCCUGUAUAAUGCGGCAGUGUAUAGCUCCGGUUUUGCCUCAUACAGCUGUCUGUUUAGUAUGUGGAGAAGCAGGAAAGGAGGACUGCGUGGAAGGCCAGGAAGCAAAAUUUAAUGUAAUGUUGAUGGAAUGCUCCAUCUGCAAUGAAAUAAUCCAUCCAGGAUGCCUUAAGAUAAAGGAAUCUGAUGGUGUGGUAAAUGAUGAACUUCCAAACUGCUGGGAAUGUCCAAAAUGCAACCAUGCUGGGAAAACUGGGAAAGUCUACAAGCAAAAAAGAGGUCCAGGAUUUAAGUAUGCUUCCAACCUGCCGGGGUCUUUGCUUAAGGAGCAGAAGAUGAACCGGGAUAAUAAGGAGAUAACAGAACUUGUAAAAAAGAAAGAAAGAGAGGAAACCCCUAGGCAGAAUUUGGAAGAACAGCCCAAAAAGAAAGUCCUGGAGGGAAUUGUAAAACGAAAACCUGACGAUGGCCCCUUUAAGAGGAAACGGCCUCUGGAAAAAACUUCUGACCCUGCAGUCAGGAAGAGGUUAAAGCUAGUUAAAGAAGACAAGCUCUUCAAGAAAAAGAAGAGAACCUGGAAGACACCGGAAGAACGAGCACUGAUGGCCAAAACUUUAAGACGCAUUAAACAGGAGCCAGAUGACGAUAUGGGAGAGUCUGUCCCCAAAUCGAAGGAGAGUGACCAAUCCAGGUCGAGUUCACCCACUGCUGGUCCCAGCACAGAGGGUCCAGAGUCAAAGGAAAAGAAGAAAAACAGAAGGAAAAGAAAAGUCUCUAAUAAGGAACUAAGCAAAGAAUUAAGCAAGGAGCUAAAUCAAGAGAUCCAGAAAACAGAAAAUAGCCUGGCCAAUGAGAACCACCAUCCUAUUAAAUCUGAACCAGAAAGCGAGGACGAGGAGUCCAAGAAAUGUAUGAACACCAAUGGGGAGCGCAUGCAUCGAUUCAGCAAAGAACUGAAUGGGACCCCAAAGGAGUUUAAACACCAGUCUCUUCCAAGCCCAAGGACAACGCCAAGGGUCACCAAUCGCCCUCCUCCAUCUUUGUCACCUCCCAAAUGUGUGCAGAUGGAACGCCAUGUAAUAAGGCCUCCUCCCAUCAGCCCUCCUCCAGACUCUCUACCGCUGGAGAACGGUGCAACCCAUGUGAUGCAGAGAGAAGUCUGGAUGGCCAUCUUUAGCUACCUCAGCCACAAAGAUCUGUGCAUCUGUAUGAGAGUCUGCAAAACGUGGAAUAGAUGGUGUUGUGAUAAAAGAUUGUGGACGCGAAUUGAUUUAAACCACUGCAAAUCUAUAACGCCUCUUAUGCUCAGUGGGAUCAUCAGGAGACAGCCUGUAUCCUUAGAUUUAAGCUGGACCAAUAUAUCAAAGAAACAGCUAAGCUGGCUCAUGAAUCGGCUUCCAGCUCUAAGGGAUCUGAAUUUAUCGGGCUGUUUCUUGGAUUGCCGUAUCUGCACUUUGUAGUUCCAGCUGUCCAUUGCUGAGGUCGCUUAAUGUCCAAUGGGUAGAAGGGCUGAAAGAUGCACAAAUGAGGGAUCUCUUGUCUCCUCCAACAGACAACAGGCCAGGUCAGAUAGACAACCGUAGCAAAUUGAGGAACAUCACAGAGCUUCGUCUAGCAGGACUGGACAUUACAGAUGCCUCACUACGCCUAAUGAUUCGACAUAUGCCUCUUCUUUCCAAACUGGACCUGAGUUACUGUAACCAUGUGACUGAUCAGUCCAUCAACCUGCUCACUGCAGUGGGUACAUCUACCAGGGAUUCUCUGUCAGAAAUUAAUUUAUCAGACUGCAAUAAUGUUACAGACCAGUGCCUGACUUACUUUAAACGCUGUGGCAACAUCUGUCUGAUUGACCUCAGGUACUGCAAGCAAGUCACCAAGGAAAGUUGCGAACAGUUCAUUGCCGAAAUGUCAGUAAUUGUACAGUUUGGACAAACAGAGGAAAAGCUUCUUCAAAAGAUUAGUUAA